GGCAGCGGACGUAGCGGGUCGUCCACCCGCGAGGUCGUCUUCCCGGACUCGUUCGAGGUGUUGCCGCAGCCGCACGAUCUCAACACCGUCUACAUGGGCGUGCCUCACGAGCAACAACGGAAAUUCCGCUGCCGCAUCUGCGGUAAGGGCUACCGCUGGAAGAGCACGAUGCGUCGCCAUGAAACGGUAGAGUGCGGCGGCAAGCCACCAGCCUUCCAGUGCCCGCAGUGCCCGUAUAAAGCGCGGCAGCGCGGCAACCUGACCGUGCAUUUUAAACGGCAUCAUCAGAAGAUGGUUUACGAGGAGAGCGCUUAGGUACGCGGACGCGACCGGCCGAAUGCGCUCUCAACGAAGGCUGGAGCUGUAAAGUGUUCUCUGUACCCACGGCGAUUCGCAUUGUUACGCCGAACACCGCGGCAGCAACGAUCGCUACCACCUGUCCUCUUGUGCCGUGAUCUAUCGAGCGAUCGUUCCUCGGGCGCCGUGGUAUCAAUGCGACUCACCGAUGAGGUAGAGAACGAUCAUCGUGCGAGGUCCAAGCUCUUCGGCAAGCCUCAUGAAGGACGCUCUCGCACCUAUGAUGCCCUCUUCUUGCGCUCUCUUUAACUGAUGGCGCACCGUGUGGAAUAUUAAAUCGCAUUGAAUUCGCGACGUCUGGCCCUCGUGGUCAAAGUACAUCAGAGUUUCGGGCUCAAGAGGAUCCUGAAUACUGACACAAUGCUUCGUAUUUUGCACUGUUUUCCUAUUUGGUUGUGUAGGGUUGCAAAUGUUUAUAUGAAGUUAAAUGCUGGCGAAUGACGGAGUAUAUACUUCAUGUUGCAUACUUUUUUCACUCACAAAAUGUCUUUGAAUAUUUUUUUCGUAAUAAUUUUUUUGUAGAGUUGCAAAUGUUUAUACAGAGAGUGAAAAUACAAAUGUCGACGGAGUGUUACGCAAAAAAAAUCUAAGAAAAUUUUUAUUGACAAAAUAAAACAAAAUUUUAUGGAAUUUCUUAUGGAAUUGCAAAUGUUUAUACAGUGCGAAAGUACAAAUGUCAAUGACGGGCGGAGUACUUCAUGAAAAUAAAGAAGAAUUUAUUUAUACAAUUUUUUCAUUCUUGAUAUAACAUGGGAUACUCCACAAAUCUAUUAGUAUUUGUACUUUCAGUUUGUAUGUGCAUUUGUGAUUCUAUGCAACUAAAUAAAAGAACUUUGAAAAAUACAAAAACUGCACAUGUCGGUAUCCAGUGUCCCCUUAAAGAAGAUAGCUGAAAAUCGGUCUUUCUAUCUUUGAAACACACGAGAAAAAUCGUCAGUCUGCAAUGAUGAACCUCUCUUAGAUGGUAUUAAUUUAAACAAACUGACUUGAAAGUCGACCUUUAGGCAUUUGAGCGACAUUUUUAUUGAGUUAUCAUACAUAAAACAAUCGCUACUGACGUUUCAGUCUUUAGUUUGUCUUAAUAUUCGGAAACCGCGCACAUAUACGCGAUAUUGUCGAUCAAAUUUACACGGAGGCAAGCUGCAUGCAAGAGCUUCCGUGUGUGUAAUCUCCCCUACUAGAUCUGCUAACAUUAAUAACUACCACUACUCGCAAUCAUGGAGAGGGAUACAUGUCAGUUUGCUGAAAGUUUUUCGACGAGUGCGAGAGCAUCUUUCGUGAGAACGGCAUCGCGACAAUUCGGCACGAUCCGAGCAAGUGUACGGAAUAUUGCUUAAGUAUUUUGUAAACGAACCCCUCGAGGCUGUCGAUCGAGGAUCCAUUGGUUUCUGAUUCGGUGCGCUCUGCCUUCGAUCUUCGCGCGCACUCGAAACUCACACAGAUCCGUAAUCUCAUUUCUGCUCGGAGAAGUGCACUCGGUACGCUAAAUAUGGCCGUCCAAUUCAAAGGUUGUUUCUCGUGACACCUUCGAGCACGCCGCGUACGACGACCACGACGUCAGCGAUCAUGUAACUUUUCCUCUAGGAUGGAAAUGUGAAAAGUUUUACGUGAACUCGUGAUCACGUAACUCGGCAAAACGUGGAAACGUGAACUUGUUAACCACGAAAUGUGCUGGUGAAAAAGUGAAAAUCUAGUGACAUGAUGAAUACGGAAUAUUAUGCUACUGUUGUGAUGGGAUACAUGAAACAUAACAAUCUCAAGGUUAUAGGUUAUGUUUUAAGGUUAAUAUGUUCUACAGCCGAUGGAUA